AUGUGCUCCACCCUAGCACCGCAGCUGGAGGCCGCAGCCUGGACCCUAGAUAGGGUUCACAGGCUUCCCAGACCAGCCAGAUUCACAGCGGACACUCCUAAGGACGUGAUAGCACGCUUUCACUAUUACACGUCAAAAGAAGCUAUCUUUUCAUCUACAAGGAAAAUGGAACACCUACCAGAACCCUACCAAAAAAUCAGCAUCUACGCCGACAUCUCAGUGACAACCAUGGCCAAGAGGAGAGAGUUUAUUAACAUCACCAAGACCCUGCGAAACCAUCAGGUACCAUACAGAUGGGGCUACCCAACCAAACUGCUGAUAUGGCAUAGAGGCAAAACAGAAGCAAUUCUGGAACCUGAAGCCGGCAUGGCGAAACUUAAAGAAUGGGGCCUCCACCACAACAUGGGUCACCAAUCCCCUCAGAAAACACAGCUGAAAAAGAUGAGAGCUGAAUGGUCCAUGGUGGGCUCCCCUUCGCACCCAAACAUGCAUACCGAGGACUGA